AUGGAGCUGUCGGAGGAGGUAGUGGCGCAACUGUUAGCAGACCAGCACCACGAUCAUCAAGAAUCGAUCGAACAGGAGAAAGAGCAAGAGCAUCUUAGAGAAGAUGAAGCGGAAGACGAAGGGUCGGCAGCCAAGAAGAGGAGAUUAGAUGAGGAACUGGCCGGCAUAGGUGGUGUUUCACUGGACGGGGCAGGCACCUACCUCACUACACCCGAGAACCUGCUCACCACCUGGCGAUGGCACAAGCGAGGCGGCGCUAAGUCACUCACCUCCGGCGUCCAGCGUCAGUACUACAACUGCAACCAGCACAAGGUCACCGGCUGCGGAGCACGGUACUUCGUUGACACAAAUCAGCAAAAGGAGUUGAGCGAGCCGCAUAUCGAGCCGAAUGAGCCGCUACACGUGAGCGAGGUGGACCUGCCGAGCGUGCGCGGUCAUCAGGUGCUGGUGAAGGUGGCCGCCGCCGGCGUCUGUCACACCGAUCUGCACUUGUGGGACGAUGGCUAUGACCUGGGAGGCGACAAAGGCCUCUGGCGAUUCUCGGCCCGCGGACUGCCAUUCCCGCUCACCCCCGGGCACGAAGUAUCAGGCACGGUCCAAGCAGUGGGCAAGGACGUGGAGACGCUAAGGGUCGGCACGCGCGUCGUCGUAUUUCCCUGGAUCGGGUGUGGUCAGUGUUCCCGCUGCAAGCAGGGCCACGACAACUUUUGCGAUGGUGUUACGCGGGAGAUUGGCUUCUCACUCGGUGGCGGCUAUGCCGAAUCCGUGAUGGUGCCACACGAACGAUACGUCGUGCCGCUCCCUAGCGGGCUGGACCUAGAGACGGCGUGUCUGCUGCCAUGCUCGGGGCUGACCGCCUACUCCGCCAUCAAGAAGACCAAGACUGGCCCCAACGAUUUCCUGGUGAUCAUCGGGAUGGGUGGCGUGGGGCUGAUGGCUCUCAAGCUGGCCCGCGUACGCUUGCUGUCGACGAUCAUAUGCCUCGACAUCGACGACACGAAGCUCAACAUGGCCCGUGCCGAAGGCGCCCACUACACAUUCAACACACUGCGAGUGGCCGACAUCAAGGCCGAGAUUCUCAAUCUCACCGGCGGACACGGGGCCGAGUGCGUGAUUGGCAACUACGCGGACCUUGAGGAGCUGGUGGCUGUCGUCGACAAGGCCAAGGUCAACCUGUUGUCCAUCGUGGGUGAGCGCUACCACGGCCUGUCCCAGGCCACCACCGCCCUCACUGCCCUACGACACGGCCAGAUCCGAGGGCGCGCCCUGCUCCUCCCCUCCGCCACGCUCCCCCACCAUCACCAUCUCCACUGA